UGCUAACUAAUUAAUUAAAAUAAAUUUUCAAUAAUUUUAUUUUUGUUAUUAGCAAAUAAAUUGUCACCAGAAAAAUGUGUUCAAAUAGUAAUAAUAAUUUACCGAUAAUUCGGUUCACAAAUUGUCAGAUACUUAGAGACCAUAAGAUAAUAAGCGAAGACUUGUGGGUCAGAAACGGAAAGAUUAUAAAUCCGGAACCGAUUUAUUAUUUAGAGAAACGAUUGGCCGAUAUUGUCAUUGACUGCAACAAUCGGCUCAUAGCUCCGGGCUAUAUAGACCUACAGAUUAAUGGCCACUUUGGUUACGACUUUUCCAACUGUGAUAUCGAUAUCGAAGAAGCUGUCCAUAAGACAGCACUGGGACUCGUCAAACACGGAGUUACCGCUUUUUGUCCCACACUAGUGACACAAUCGCGCGAUAGUUAUCACAAAAUUUUGCCUCAAAUCAAACGUACGGCCGGUUCCAAGUCCUAUGGCUCAACCAAUUUGGGCGCACACGUCGAAGGACCGUUUAUUAGUCCAUCGAAAAAAGGUGCCCAUCCUAUCGACUAUAUUAAGCCAAUUGGAUCGUAUGCUAACAUCCAGGACAUGUACAAACAUAUGGACAAUAUAUCGAUUAUAACAUUGGCGCCCGAGUUGGACCCAAGCGGUGAAAUUGUCAGACAAUUGGUUAAAUCGGGAAUUACCGUAUCGGUCGGUCAUUCGAUGGCUACACUAGAGGAAGGCGAACGUGGUAUCAAUGCCGGAGCGACUUUUAUUACCCAUUUGUUCAAUGCUAUGCUACCGUUUCAUCACCGAGACCCGGGUCUGGUGGGCCUAUUGACAUCGACCGGCAUUACGAAACAGAUCUAUUACGGUAUUAUUGCCGACGGCAUUCACACGCACUAUGCAGCCCUGAAAAUUGCAUUCAAAUCCAAUCCCAAGGGUAUGGUAUUGGUUAGCGAUGCCAUAUCGGCAGCUGGUUUAGGGGUCGGCCGACAUAAGCUGGGCAUACAGGACAUCGAAAUCAAAGACAAUAACAAAGCAUUUAUCUCGGGAACCGAUACCCUGUGCGGUUCGAUAGCAGCACUGGACUAUUGUGUCCGACAUCUACGUCAAGUAACCGGGUGUUCAACAGUAGAGGCCAUUGAAUGUGCGACACUGCACGCGGCACAAGUAAUGAACAUGGCUGACCGUAAGGGAACGUUGGCUUUUGGUGCCGAUGCCGACUUUAACAUACUGGACGAUAAGUUGAAUGUUUUGGCCACUUUUAUUUCGGGUCAAUGUGUCCAUAAAAAUGACGAAACGUUAGACAUUACUAUUUGAUGUGUUUUGUUGUUGAAAAAUUAGGUAAAAAAAUAUUUUUCUAUAAAUUUUUAAACAAUUUUAUACACACACAACUAAUUAUAAGUUACGGUAAUACAGUAUAAAUAACUGUAUA